CAGGAUCAGAUCUGGACGAUCAGUGGACAGGAGAGUAUUGCGGGCAGAGUCUUGAUCUAACCUGAGAUUGACAACCAGCGAAUCAACAAGAAGCAGAUGUGAGAUGAAUUCACUGUGGCUGCCGCUUCUUCUGAGCUCAGUCAUAUGGGCAGAGGAGCAGUAUUUUCUUCAGUCACCCAAUGCCACAUGGGAUGAAGCCAGACUCUACUGUCAGUCCUGUUUCAAAGAACUGACGACCAUCACCAGCAGGAACGUCCACCUCAUUGUGCAGAACCUCUCUUCAGACUACUGGGUUGGACUCCGCAAGAGUUACAAUGGCUCUUUCCCGUGGGCCAAAUGGUCCAAUGGGGAUCCUGUUACAUAUCAGAAUUGGUACCCUGGUCACCCUGUUCCAAAUAAAGAAAAGAAACUGAUUCCUGUAUGUUCCUCAACUACACAAAGUCCACUGAGCACCCACCCUAGCAUAACUACCCCAACAUCUACCCAAACGUCUACCACUGUGAUCCCACCACAAACCACUACAGUUAAAGCUGCUCCGAUGACUUCCACAAUAUUUCAAAAUUCCAAAUUAAAUACAUGUCCUUUACUGGCCGAUAUGCUUUUUUGCUUAAAUAUGACAUGUUAUGAACUUGAAGGUGCCAUGAGUGAUUGUCAUAAAACACCGACUGCUAACACCACCACCCCUAAGACCACAACAUACACCACCACCCCUAACACAACAUACACCACCACCCCUAAGGUCACAACAUUUAGCACCACCUUUAAUCCUGCAACAAACGGCACCACAACCGAGAGCACCACCAGCAGCAACUGCGUCUUUAAACCCGAGCCAGAUCCUGAACAGUAUAUCGAGGACGCUUGUGUGAUCCUGCUCAGAUUCGGCAUGUGGAAGGAAGAAGUCUGCAAUAAAAGUCUACCCUUCAUCUGUUAUGAUGAGCGUUUUUUUGGCCAGAUAGACGUUUCAGAUGUGAACACAAGUGCAGCCAAUCUGAGCUGGACUGCGGGACCUGGUGCUGAGAACAUCAGUCACUACAGAGUGGAGAUCACUGAGCACCAGCCAUUUAACCAAACAUUUAACCAGACAUUUAACCAGACUGAUCUGUUCAAACACAUGCAGAAUCUGACAGCAGGAACUCUGUACACAGUUCAGGUGUUUCCUGUGAAAUGUGGCAGGGAUCUCAAUCCACAGAACAUCUCCUUCUACACCCUGCCCUCUGAUGUGCAAAAUCUGACAGUAGUGAAAAUGGAAACUGUUAGUGCCAUCCUCAGCUGGGUUAAACCAGAAGGAAACCGUCAAUUCUACUCAGUACAUGUCAAAUGCAAGUCAAAUUCAUCUUUUGCAAAAGUGCAAAAGUGUGAAAGUGAGAUCUGCACUAUUGUGAAGCUUAUUCCAGGGACUGAGUUUGAGUUCACAGUUAAAGCUGUAGUGAAUGAGACAAUUGAAGGUGUGCCAAGCAACGUUUCUGAUUACACCACACCUUCAACUGUCAUAAACUUAAAACAAUCCGAAGACAAAGGGACCACGUACAUAAGAGCUACUUGGGAGCCGCCUGAGGGAGGACAUUCAGGAUACCGCUAUUGUCUUAAAGAAGUCAAUCACAAUUUCAAGUGUGCUAAAUGCAAUAUCAUAACAAACGGCAGCAUUACAGCAAGCGACAGCAACGGAACAGCAAACUACAAUAUUGCAAACUGCACAAAACAGAAUGCAACAACAAAUUUCAUCAAUGUGGACAAUCAAUCAGACGGCAGCGAGUUUUGUCUGUGUGUGGCAGCGCUGACAAACAGUGACACCCUAUCAGGAGAUCCGGUUGCAAUCCCAGCAUACACAUUCCCACAAUCUGUACGCCUCUUUUUGAACCCUUACCUCCAAAAAAUGGAUGCCAGCUGGACAAUAGAUGGGAAGUAUGAAAAAUUCGAAGUGACAAUUAAAACAGAUGCAUACAAUUAUAUGCGUUCAUAUUAUACUACUGCCUUGAAUUACACUUUCAAUGAGCUGAAUGCAGGAGUGUAUUACACUGUUUCAGUUGUCACUUUCAAUGGUGACUUAAGCAGUCGCCCUACCAAUAUAUCAGACUACACCAGGCCUGCUAAGCCUGAUGGGGUACGUGCCACCACCGUUAGUGAAACUGCCAUAGAGCUAAGCUGGGGAGCUCCAGCUGAGUCAAAGGAUGCCUUGAUUGAAUAUAGUGUGAAGUAUAACACUGCUUUUUGGAACAAAUAUCAUGUACAACGUACAAAAAAUAGGAACAUUACCUUUACUGCUUUAAAUCCAGGAACAAGAUAUGACUUUAAUGUUAGUGUUGUAAUAGGAAAUUUGUCAAGUGAUCCAGCCACUAAUUAUACACACACAGUGCCUAAGAAGAAGACACUGGUCCUCAUAAUGUUGUGUUCCUCUGAAACGCCACUUCACUGUAACAAAAAUGAAACUCGGGAUGAACUGAUUGAAAAGCUGAGAAACAUAACUUAUGACAAAUUUCAAGAUCAGGUCCACUGGAAGCUCGAAUGGGCACCACGCAGGUUUGUAAAAACAGCUGAAUAUCCAAACAGUCACAUUUGUUAACUAGUAUGGUUUAUAUUUACCUCUGACUCUCUUUUCACAGAAACGGCAUCCUUUGAAUCCGUAUGACAGGACAAAUCAGAUGCUAAAAUUUUGUCUGAUUUUGUGCAAAAUACAUAUAUAUAUAGAUAUAUAUAUAUAUAUAAUUUUUUGUAGGAUUUUGAAAUGUAAGGUUUAGGUCAACCCUACAUUAUGGAGACCAAAUGUCCUCAAAGGGAUAGUAAAACCCGACAUUUUUGACCUUGUGGGGACAUUUUUUGGUCCCCAUGAGGAAAACGGCUUAUAACACAUACUAGGUGUUUUAUGAAAAUGUAAAAAUGCAAAACGUUUCCUGCAUGGGUUAUGUUUAGGGUGAGGGUUUAGAAUAUACAGUUAAUAUACAAUAUAAAAAUCAUUAUGUUUUUGGAAAAUGCAUUGGUUUAAGGGUUUUUAGCUUCUUGAAAGAUGUUCACAGUUUUAGGUUUUUAUUCUCACUUGUUUUUAAUCACUUUUGAACUGUUCUGCAUUUUCUUUCUCGUUACAAAUUGCAUAUUGACAUAUUUACUGUACUGUAUAUUGAGUGGUGUGAUGAUAUUUGCUAUAAUUGAGGGAGCUAUGAAAUUACUUUUCUUACAUUUGCUAUAGCUUCAUGUGAAUUCCAGUUUUAAUUUUUAAUGAUGGAUUAUUCCAUAUUAUUUUAGUGUGUUAAGGGAUUUGUUGAAUUAUAAAUAAAGAUAUUCUACAUGGGUUUCUUUCUUUCAGACUUCUGAUG